AUGAAAAUGAUACUUUAAAAGUUAAAAAAAAUUAUUAUUAAUCUAUUUAUAAUUUUAUCAAUUGCACAAGCUUAGAAAUGCCCUAAAUUGCAAACAUUUGAAAAUCUUGCUUAGGAUCAAAACUUUUAAGUGUUGAAUUUCUUAAGAAUUCCAAAAACUAAUAUAUUGGUAAUAAAUACAUCUCAAUCACCAAGUUUUACAUUUAGCGUUGUUUAUUACUUUGAUAUGUCAUCCUCUGAGGGAGAAAUAAUCAAUUUUGUAACAUUAAAUUAUCCGAUUAAUAGUAUGAAAUAUAAUAAAUAGGCUGAUUAAAUUAUUAUUCACAAUAAUAGUAACCUGAUUUUUGUUAAUACUUAUACUUUUGAAUCUGUUUUCUCGAUUUAAAUUGUGAAUAUUUCUAGUUUAAAUAUAAUUGAAGGCACACACUAUAUAAUUUUAACUAUGUAAAUUUAUCACUUGUUGAUUUUUGAUUAUGUUAAGUAAAUUACUCUUCUAAACAUGGAUAAUUCAAGUUAUCUUUAAACAUUCCCUGAUGGCUCAUUACUUAAUUAGUUAUAUUCAAGUUUCUAUCAAUUGUCAACAGGUGAUAAUAUAAUUUUAACCACAAAUCAAAUGGGAGUUAUAGUUUGGAUCUUCGACUAAUAAUAAAUGAUCUACUAAUUUAAAGGAUACAUUCAAGAUUCAAUAGUAUAAAAUCAAGGUGAUGGCUACAGAGCUUUUACAAAACAUCCCUCCUAGGACAUUAUUUUUAUGUCUGGAUAAUCACUUGAAGUAACAGCAGUUAAAAUAAUAGAUAUUUAAAACUCAAUCUAUUAAACUCUUUUUAAAGUGAAUUUGACAAAUACACCCUAAAAUGUUUAGAGUUUAAAUAUCUUAUUUGAUUUUGUAACUCAAGAUGGAAUUCAAUAACCAGCUUUAAUACUUAAUACUCCUACUGAUAUUUAUAUAGUUAUUUUGGAUAUAAAUUAAGACUACAGCUAAAUGAGUAUAAGAAGCUAUACAUAAACUAGUGCUUAAGGAUAGUAUUUGUGGUAUAAAUAAGAAGAAAGUUCAAUAUUAUUUCUAUCUUCUUUGAGCUACAUCACUACGUUUAACUAUAAUACUUUACAAAAACGCUAUUAUCUGAAAAGCAUGGGUGAUUCCUACAGCUCUAGAUUCGUUCGAUAAGAUGGAUAAAAUAUAAAUUAAUUAAUAUUUUUGAAUUAAAACAGUAUUAAUUUUUGUAACAAAGAUGAUCUUACAUCAAUUCAAACAGUUCAAAUUUCAAGCAACAUAAGAUAAUAAUAUGGGAGCUUCUAUCAAAUAAAAAAUUCUUUUGAUUGGUAUUUAGCAAAAAUUGGAGAUAAUCUAAGUCCAAGUCAAAUUUUAACUUUCUCAUUUAACUAAAUAAGUCAAACAAGCAAAGUUAUUGAUAUAACUAAUUCUUAUGGAAUAAAUUGGUCGAAUGUUAAUUAAAAUCUUGAUCCUUUUUAAUUAAAUAAUAAAACAUAUGUUGUAUUGGCCUUUCCUCAAAAAGAUAUUUCUAAAAAUUAUUUGUUUUAAUUGAUCAAUUGCUAAUAAGAUAAUGAUACAUAAUAUCUCACAUCUGAUUCAAGUGAUGUUUCCAAAAUUUAAACAGCAUUUGCAGUUGCUUCAUUAGAAAAUAAUGAUAACUUAGAGCUUAUUGGAGUUGAUGUUUAAGGAACUAUUUAUUCAUGGGAUUUAAAUUCAUAAAAAUUCACUUUUAAAUAUUCUAAGAGUUUCAAUUAAUGCAAAAACUCACAGAAAGGCGAUAUUUUUCAUUACUAAAAAUUGAAAAGAUUGAUUAUAUCCUGUGAUGAUAAUAAAGUCUACUCUAUUGAUUUUGUAAAUGGAGUAAAUUAGUAUUUGGUUUAGUUAAGCCAAUAGCCUUUAGCUUUAAAAGCGUUUUCUGAGGCGUCUUUAGUUGCUGUUGGAGAUUUAAUCAGUGGACUAACUUAUAUAUAUAAAUUUAACUCCACUUCAAACUAGUUUGAUAUAUUUUUGACAUUUAAGUCUAUUGGAAUAAAAGAUAAACUAAUUUAUAUAAAUAUGCUCUCUGAUUUUACUAUUUGGGUUUAGUAUGCUAAUGUAAACAUAUUUUAUUCAAUAUAAGAUUGUCUUUCUGAUAAAAAAUUAUGCGUUUAAUGUUCAUAACAAUAUUAUUUCAAUAUAACUAAUACAUAAGAUUCUAAAGAUUCUUUUGGUGUAGGAACUUUGACUUAACCCUUUACAACUUCUGAAAAUUUUUUUACAGCUAUUACAAAAGCUUAGUAGUACAAACAGUUAAUAUCUGGAGUUGCUGAUAUUGGUGUUAAUAUUUUAAUAACUCCUGAUAAUAAAUUUUAACUUAAUAGAAAUUUUUUGAAUAUAGAUUUUAACAAUAUAAUUUCUCUAAAUUUGAAUAGUACUUAAAAAGGAAAUUUUGCAGUCUUACAAUACUAAGAUAUUUUAGAAUUACAAAAUUAUAAUUUCAUAGCUUUCUAAGACAUUAAAAUAGAGUUUAAUUAAUCUUAGAAUACUUCUAGCUGUGGCAUAAAAUUUUUUAAUAUAAAAUAAGGAGUAUUUGUUAACAAUAUUAAGCUAUAAAAUACAAAUGAAUCUCUUUAACAUAUAAAUUGUUAAUCUAUUUAUGCUCAAUCUACUGAAUUAUUUAUACAAAAUUAUACAAUCUAAAAUGAAAAUUUUACUAGACACUAGUCAAUAAUCGCUUCAUUUAACACUCCUAAAAUAACAAUUAAUAAUUUAUCUUUGAUAAAUUGCACGCUUGGUAACUCCUUUAGUAUACUUAAUUAGAAUUCUCCUCUUUAGGCGUUUAUAAAUAACCUUAAUAUUACUUUAAAUACAUGCCCUAAGAUACAAACUCAAGAUAUUUCAAUUUCAGUUCUUUUUUCUGCAGAGUUUUUCUCUUUGGAUGGUUUAAAAAUGAAUAACAAUACUUUUUGCAAAAAAUCAAUAUUCUCAACAGUUGCUUCUGGGCUUUAAAAUUACCAAAAAUUUUCCUUUUCUAACAUUGAAGCUUCGAAUAAUUUAUUCCAAUAAAGGAGUACUUACAUAUUUUUUGAUUCUCAUUACGAAAUGAAUUUUGUUCCUUAUCAUGAAAUUUAGUUAUUAAAUUUAUAUUUUUUCAACAACAAACUCUUUUAAAACGGAACUAAUGAUCUAUUAGUUGCAUAAUAUUUUGAAUUAGCCAAAAUAGCAACUGUAAAUGCACAGAAUAUAACAAUAAAAAAUCAUUUAGACAUUCAAUUUGGCUUAAUAGAAAACUCUAAUUUGGUUAUUUUUGAUAAUUUUUUUUGCUUUAAUGAUAAUAAAUAUUUUUAAGAAAAUGCAAACUCAGCAAUAAAUGGCUGCUUACAAUUAAAAGAAAUUUUCAAUACAACCCUAAAGAAUCUAAAAAUAUAUUAAAAAUAAUUCUAAGAUACAACUCUCAUAUCUUUAGAAAAUAAUUCUAUUAAAUAAGCUUCACUUUUAAUCAGCGAUGGUGAGUUUACAGACUUGGUGCUAUAAUAAAAGAGUAAAAACACAUAAGCUAUUCCAAUAAAACUAUUCACAAAUUAUAAUUUAUAAAUAAUCUUAUCAUUUUGCAAUUUUAAAAAUCUAUUUUUACAGAGUAUCUAAAUAAGUUAAACUUACUCAGCUACAGCUUUUUAAGUCUAAAAUUUGUAAGGAUCUUUAUUAAUUAAAGAUUCUUUCUUUUAAAACUCUUACAGUAAUUCAAAAUAUGGGUUUAUGGACAUAUAAACAAAUAUAUUUUAAAUUAAUAAUGUCUAAUUUAGUAAUUCUACGUUUACAGAAGAUAUAUCCUUACCUCUAUUUAGUUCUUAAGGGGGAAUGAUUAAUGUAUAAGCUGAAAACAUAACUAUUUAAAACUCAAAUUUUAUUAAAGCUUCUGCUUAGAAAGGAGCCUUUAUAUAUAUGAUUGCAUCAUCUUAAACUUUACAAAUUUAAUUUUAAAAUAUCUCAUUCACUGAAGGUUAUGCUUUUAUUGAUGGAGGAGCAAUAUUUAUUGAUUCACAAGGAUAAAAUUUAUUUUUUGAUUGCAAAUUCUGCCGCUUUAAAUAGUUGUACACAUUGACUACUUCAUCUUCUAUAGUAGGAUUACAGAAUUAUAAUAAAGCUAGCAUAAUCAAUAUUUCAUUCAUUGAUGGAUUUAUAAAAAGUAUAUAAGGUAUUUAAUCAAACUAUUUCAUCAAAGUAGCAUCAUCAAAUGUCCAGUUUGUUAACAUAUCUACUAUAGAUAAUAAAAAUAUUUACACAAUAUCAAGACCAUUUUAAAUUUAUAAAGAUACCUUAGAUAAAUAGUAGUCUACAUUCAUUCAAGCUUCAAAUUCUUAAAUUUAAAUAUAAAAUUGCAGUAUUUCUAAUUUUGCUGUGAUCUAAACUUAAACUACUCUUCUUUAUUAAUCUUAAAAUUCUACUUUAACUAUAAGCUAAAGCUCUGUAGUAAAUUGCUAAUUUACUUCAAAUAUCAUGUAUCAGUUAGGAAGUUAGAUUACUAUUAAUCAAACAUAUUUUUUUAAUAUAACUUAAAUAAUGAGCAAGAGACAUCUUUCUGAUCAAAUAGAAUCUAAAGCUAAAGCCAGCAUUAGUACUUUUUCAUUAAUAUAUGCAUAGGAAUCUAUUCUAAAUAUAAUAAAUAACUCUAAAUUUUCUCAAAUUAGCUGUUUUGAUUGUAAUGGAGGUGCUCUUUAAAUUUCAAACGGAAUAAUUAAUAUUUAAAACUCUAUUUUUGAUUAAAUAAAUAGUUAAUUUGGAGGUGCCAUAUUUAUUUAUAAACUUCAAGGCUAGAAUCAGAUAUCUAAUACAUAUUUUAUGAAUUGUUAAUCAUAUUACGAUGGAGGUUCUAUGCUUUGGAAGUUUAGUAUAUAAGAUGAUUUUAAUUUAAAUAUUAAUGAAUGCUUGUUUUUAAAUAAUACAUCUUAAUAUGGAAGAGGAGGAUCUAUUACGGCAAUCGCAGAGUAUAUCAAUCCUCCAAGUAUAAAAAUUAAUGUGAGUAACAGUCGUUUCUUAAAUAAUAUAGCUUAAAUAGGAGGAGCAAUAUACUCUUAAAAUGUAACUUUAUAGUUAUAUAAUCCCUAUUAUAAUGGCAAUAUUGCUAAGAUAUAUGGUUAAAAUUAAAUUUCUUAUGCUUCUAAACUUUAGUUAGCAGACUAAAAAUAAUUUCUCAUCUACUAUAAUGGUACUAUAAAUAGUUAAAAUAUAGAAAUUAUGUAUUUUAGAAGUGGUGGUUUUUUAAAAAAUAUCCAAUUUGAGAUGUUUAAUGAUUAAAAUGAAAAAAUAUUUCCUGUCACAAAUGAGGAAGUUUAAAAUUAUAUAAUCUAAGUUAGAAUAAAUCCCCAUACUUAAAAUAUUAAUAAUUAUUAGAUAUAUGGAGAUUUAAAUGCAUAAUUUGAUAAAAUAUCUCAAAGAUUUACUUUUUAUGAAUUAAAUAUUGUGGGUAGCCUAGGUUCUUCUGUUAUAUUAUAAUUUUUUUCAAAUUAAAUUAAUAUUUUAGAUAGCAACACUAACUAAUAUGUAUAAAAUUACACUUUUGAUAUCAAAGUUAACUUUAGAGAAUGCAUUUCAGGUGAAUAAACUAAAUAAUAUAAUACCCUUACUCAGUGCGAUGUUUGUAAAAGUGGUUCAUAUUCAUUUGAUGGUUAAUUAUGCUUAGAUUGUCCAUCUAAUGCAAUAUGUUCAGGAGGAAAUACAAUUAACACAAAAUAAGGAUUUUGGAGAAGAUCAGAUUAAGUUUCUUUAAUUUUAAAAUGUGAAAAUUAAGAAUUAAAUUGUCUUGGAGGAAGUUAUGGAAACAAUAUCUGUUUUGAAGGCCAUAUAGGUGCUUUAUGUGAAGAAUGCGAUAUAAAUGGAGAAUUUUGGGGAAAGAGCUACUCUAAGUCAUCUAAAUAUUCUUGUGCUGAUUGCAAAAAAAUGAAUUUUAACUUGUUUAUUUUAAUUAUUUUAACUUGUUGGACACUAUUCUCUAUGUAUAUAGCAAUAAAAGGAAACAUAGAAUCUAUAAAAUUUAGUAAUGCUUAGUUUGCUUUGUAAAAAGCUUUUUAAUAGCGCCAUAACAAUACAAGUAUUGAGAAGCAUUUAAAACCCACCAAAAAAAAAAAAAAUUCACAUUUCUUUCAUGAAAUAAAAAAUAUCCCUUUGUUUUAAUUAAAGCCAAAUUUCUCGAAAAAUAAUCAAAAUAGUUUUAUCAAACAGAGCAUUUGUAUUAAAUUGUUAACUAAUUAUUUUUAAAUUGUGAGCUCAAUAGCUACAUUUAAUUUAUCAAUUCCUUCAGGUAUUUUUGAAUUCCCUUAUUCUAUUUCAAACCCUGUAAAGCAAACCUUGAGUUCUUUAGAUUGCUUUUUAAUUAACAUACAAAGUGAAAUACCAUUAAUAUAUUUUAGAAUGAUUUUCUCUCAAAUUAUCCCUAUUAUCUACUUUGUUAUUUUCUUUAUUGGGAUUUGUUUAUUUUAUUUAUACAACCUUAAAAAAAGCAGAAAAUUUCCAUUUUAUAUGCUUUAUACAGUAGGAAUAUUUUUGAUUAUUUAUCUAUAACCUGACCUGAUUACUUAAACAAUUGCAUUACUUUCCUGCAGAAGUAUUGGUGACAGAAGCUAUAUAUUGUCAAAUGUUUCUUAUGAAUGCUACACUCCUUAACAUUUUAAAUAUAUCUUCUCAAUAGUAGUGCCUAUACUUUUAGUUUGGGCUAUAAUUUUUCCUUUAGUUCUUUUUGUUAUGCUAUGUAAAAGUAAAAAUCAGCUACAUAAUUAAUUAACCAGGUAUAACCUUGGUUUUCUUUAUAAUGAAUAUAAAAAUGAAGCAUAUUAUUGGGAGUUUAUUAAAAUGGGUCAAAAAUUAGCUAUCAUUCUAUCAUUAAACUAUUAUUCUUAAAUGAUAUUGAUUAAAGGACUACUUGUUUUUAUAGCUAUCACUAUUUAUGGAGUAUUGACAAUUUUAAUUAAGCCCUAUAAAGAAGAAGAUAUAAAUCAAAUAGAUUUAAAUUCAACAGCAAUAUGUUCUAUAACUAUAUUGCUUGGAGUUUUUAUUUAUCAAAACCCUUUUUCCUAUCUUUAUUAUCCAUCAUUAGGAAUUAUAGCCAUAAUGAACUCCCUUUUUAUAAUAUAUUUAUUGAAAUUAAUUAUAAACAAUUACCUAACAUAAAUAAAAGAAAUCAUUUUAAAAAAAUUAAUACAGCUCUCAAAUUUUAUCCCAUUCUUAAAAUAUUUUAAUAAAAGUGAUAAAAACAUAUACAAGCCUAAAUUAGUAAUAAAAUCUAAAAUAUAAAGAGCUUUCAAAAGAUACUUAGAUAUGAAUAAGGAUGAAAGAAAGUAAUUUUUCAUAAAAGUAUAUGAAUAGAUAUUAACUACUUAACAAUAAAAUUUGAAUGUUACUGAUAAUGUGUUAGAAUCCUAGACCAUAAAUAAAUCUCAACAAAUUUAAUUUUUUGAAAUAAACUCAUUUAAUUCUAAAGAAUCAAACAUUGAUUUUAUAUUAAAUAACAUAAAAACUAACAAUUUUUAAACUUUAGCAGGUUUGCAAUCAAGAAAAAAUAAUGACAAUAAUCAUUAGCUCUAAGAAGAAAUUAAAAGUUUUUCUCUUUAAAAUUAAUGA